GGACAGGAAUUAAGGAAAUCCUGAAGAAUCCUUGAGGAAACAUCUGAACAAGCAUCGUGUCAGACGAGUGGUGAUAAAGAGUCAAGCGUUGAGCAGGGAGUUAGAGUAAGCUGGGUGUGUCUUGGACCAAGUAUCUUCACAUCAACACCUGUCAGUAUGUCAUUCCGACUGGUCCGACAGAGCAAGUUCCGUCACGUAUACGGCACUUGUUUAAAGAGGGAACAAUGCUUCGAUAAUAUACGAGUCAGCAAGUCUUCGUGGGACUCUACAUUCUGUGCUGUUAAUCCCAAAUUCUGUGCUAUUAUAGUUGAAUCGGGUGGAGGUGGAGCUUUUAUUGUUCUACCUCUCACUAAAGUUAACAAGACAUAUUUAUCGAAGAAAGCGUCGACGGCUGGACGUAUUCCACCCGACCAUCCGUUGGUGGGAGGUCACAAAGGGCCGGUACUGGACAUUGCUUGGGAUCCCUUCAACGAUAAUGUUAUUGCCUCGGGCUCUGAAGACUGUGUAGUGAAAGUGUGGCAAAUUCCCGACUAUGGUUUGGUGACGACAAUGACAGAACCAGUGGUUGAUUUGAUGUACCAUCAACGACGAGUUGGGAUGGUUGUGUGGCAUCCCACAGCCAAUAACAUACUCCUCUCUGCUGGUUCUGACAAUAUUGUUGUUAUUUGGAACAUUGGGUGUGGGGAUCCCCUCACUACCAUUGAUGUUCACCCAGAUAUCAUUUAUUCUUGCUGCUUCAACUGGGAUGGCUCUCUUCUCUUAACCACGUGCAAAGAUAAGAAAAUUAGGAUAAUCAAUCCACGUGACGGUGAAGUAUUUGAGGAAGCAACAUCACAUGAAGGUAGUAAAGCCACACGAGCCAUCUUCCUCCGUAAUGGACUGGUGUUCACAACAGGGUUCAGCAAGAGGUCAGAGCGCCAGUAUUCUUUACGUGCCCCUGGCCACCUGGACGACCCCAUCACCAUGGUGGAGCUGGAUUCCUCUAAUGGUGUUAUGUUCCCUAUGUAUGAUCCUGAUACCAACCUUGUCUAUCUCUGUGGAAAAGGUGACAGUGUCAUUCGGUACUUUGAAAUCACGCCGGAGGUGCCGUUUGUACACUACAUCAACACCUUCCAGUUACCAGACCCACAACGAGGAAUUGGCAUGAUGCCCAAGCGUGGUGUGGAUGUAACUACAUGUGAAAUCACUCGCUUUUACAGACUCAACAACAGUGGCUUCUGUCAAAUAAUUACUAUGACAGUACCUAGAAAGUCCGAGUUGUUCCAAGAGGACCUGUACCCUGAUACGUCGGGUGAUAUUCCUGCCGUGAGUGCGGAGGAAUGGUGGGAGGGCCAGAAUAAGGAACCACUCCUUAUGUCACUCAAAGAUGGGUACCAGGCCACACAGAAAACUGAGCUGAAGGUGACCAAGAAAAAGACCAAUAUAUUGGACAAAAUGCCACCCACAGGCAAAGUCAAAUCAGAGGAAGAUGGCAAAGCAACAGCUAUCUCCUCUGAAGCUCUUGAAAAAGUUAAUGAGGUCUCAAAAGUGAAUGAUGAUCUAAGGAAAAGAAUAGACGAGCUGCAGACCGAGAUGAAGAAAUUCAAGGCAGUAUUCUUGAAGCAGGAAAACCGCAUCCGAGUCCUUGAGAAUAAACUAGGAGAGCUAACAGGAACUGCUGGUGCCCCGCCUCCGCCGCAGGAGAUGGUGCCUGUCACAUCUUGUUACAAAAUUCACUGUGUGAGGAAGCAACCCGUGCAAGGUCAUGUGGUGCAUGCCCCAAGCACUCUUUCUGCCAACACGGUCAACAACAAUUGUGACAUGGCCCCAGAUGAGGUGUAAAUGCAAGAGACUGCCAGAUCUGAGUCCCUCUGAUACAAGACGCUGGUGAUUAAGUGAGCUAUGGAGUUUGCACUCACCAUGCAAAGUCCCAGCAUCACACGGCCAAUCACGUGCAGAUGCGGUCGAAAUGACUCUGGGAUACUCACAGCUCUCGCAAUGAAUCUUCUCGCCAUUGUGUAGGAUCGUAAUCGUGUUAAAUAUUGUCUAAAUAUGUAGCCAGUUUCCAAGUAUACUUGAGAAAGGUUGUACACAGAGUAGAGAGAGAAAGUGUGUGACUGGUGCAUCAAUUGGUUAGUCAUGUGAGCCAAGUGAGUGUGAAGACUUUGUACAUAAUGUUUGUGUUGAGGACUAUCUUUGAGUCCAUUGCUCAGUAGUAACCAACCAGCUCUCCAGCCAUAGCCACAUCCUUUAACUUGUUCUUGGUUGUUCUCAACCAUAGUCUUUUGUCUCCUAACCUACUACUACUGGUUGUACAUAUGUUGUGAACCCGUACACGAUGUUUGUGUCAUGUUUCCCAUGUAAUAACCUAACUGGAUUGUCACUUGUCUUUUUUCACUACUAAUUUUUCAAAAUGUUGAAUGUGAUUGUUGUAGCUGAAUGCAAACUAUUUAAUAUUUAGUCAUAAACAAAAUAAUAAUAUCUAGGAGGGCAAAUGUCAACUGUACAAAGUGUCUGUUCAAAGUUGUACAAUUUUAAUAUUAAACAUUUUCUUACAGAAGUAAGUAGAUAAAAGAAAGCAAAAUUUUAAGUGGUUACUGGAAAUGGAUUCCAAUUUCGAUAGCUAUAAAGACAAGAUUCAACGGCUCGGCUGAAAUUGCUGGCCAAUUUUUUACUUUUAUCAUUACUUACCUCUUUUUUUUUUAUUUGGGUGAGUGCAGUUGGUAUGCAGAGUGCCCGCUUAUUAACAGCCACUAGUGAGGUUGACUGUAGCUUUACUUCUGUAACCAAUAGGUUGAUCAUGUCCAUCAGGUUAUGGUUACAGUGCACCCCCAUUGUAACCAGUAGGUUGAUCAUGUCCAUCAGGUUAUGGUUACAGUGCACCCCCAUUGUAACCAGUAGGUUGAUCAUGUCCAUCAGGUUAUGGUUACAGUGCACCCCCAUUGUAACUUGCUCUGGUCCAAGUGCUGAACUCUCACGGACAAUGUACAGCUCAGAAAGGUCGACUCGAAGCCCAGAUAGCCUAUACAGUACUGACCAAUCAGGGUUCAGACUUGGAUCUCGUGUAUCUUGGCGUUGUGGUUUGGACUUGCAACCUCAUCGUCCUCAUCUUUCCUGUACUUCUGGGUAUCUACCUUUGCCCGGUAUUCAUCUGAUGAUUUAAACUAUUUAUUAAUAAAUGAUGUGUUAGACUAAUGUUUCCCAAGUAUGGAGGGAAUAUUGUGGAACACAAAGGCAGUAAUGUGGUGGAUUCUCAGGUGGCCACAGAUAUUGGAAAAAAAAUUCUCGUUCGCUAAUGGUAAGUUUGUUAUUUAAGAGUCAUUUUCAAGGACAAUUAGCCUUGUAUAGUACAUUUAUUGAAAGUUGUAUUAAUCUGUUUGGUUGUAAUCACUUGUGUAUCUCCGUCUUUGGCCACCAUCCUGUCUUGAUGUUCCUGUGGAGGUGCUCAAAAUUAGCACUCUGGUAUUGUGUGUUUACAGCUUAUUUAGUUGUCUUGCAGAUGGUAACCAAUUUUUGUCGGGUUCUGUAAGUCAAUUAUUGCUUAUGCCUCUAAGCAGGGAUAUUAAUGUAAGUUAUUUGUUGUAUAGAGAAUUAAUUACAAAUAUUAAACCUUAUGUAAAUGAAAUAUAAAGUAAUAAUUCAGCAGCAAAGAAGGACUCAUUUAAUUCCUUCUGACAAAAAUGAUCCAUUUUAUGCAACCUUAGUUAAGCUGUAGAUACGAGAAUCCUUGUUUUGAAGCCAAAGCCUUUGUGAAGUAGCUGUGGGCUACAUUCAAUUUCUUUUACAAAGUUUUUUUUUGUAUCAUCCAAAAAAGAAAUAUGCAGUUAUGUUUUACUCUAACUUAACCAUAAAAUAAAGACGAGUUACUAUCCAUCUGCAUUUUUCCUCGGAUGAUAAUAUGCUUAGCGAUAUUUACUUUGUAUUGUUGUGUUCAGUAGUAAGGAGCGGGGUAGUAAAGAACUCGAGAAACUGGAAGCCUCAUGUUUUGAAAUGUACUCAAUAAAGUUGCAAGUGGACUUAAUUCUAUUCAAGUGAAGAGAGAAUUACGUCCAGGUGAGAACAAAAAAUUGCUAAAUGUGUAAUUUCAAUUGGUCUGGAUGUCAUAAGAUCUUGGACAUGUGUAAACUCACUUCCUGUAUGUCACUUGAGCCUCAUAAUGAAGUAUUUUGUUAUGCGAGAUUCAUACAGUGUUUGUUCAGCAUUUAAGAUAAGUGGUGCUAUGCUAUAAUUGUUGUCAACCAUAGUUCUGUAUGUAUACAUAGAAUUGUCUGAUGAUGAUGAUCAGGCCAUAUGCUCUUCAGUGUCAUACACCAUAGUUUUAUAUGUAUACAUCUGAUUCCUGUGUACAUUAUGUCUACAAUAUAAUUAUUGUAAGUGUUUUGUAUGUAUGCAUAUAAACAUAAUUCGGCCCCCAAGUAUUUGUGCCUUAAAUGCAGGGCAUGUUUUAGUGCUCUGCAGUACCCCACCCCUUACCAUUUGCUGCAUAACACAGUUAAGGACUUAUAUGUGCCAUUACAAUAUAUCAACUUGAGAAAUGUUGUUCAACACAAGCCUGGAUCACACUGGAACUUUCAGCUACACUGGCUUGACAGCAUGUAUUGUAAAGUAAAUAAUAAUGUGGACUUAAUCUUUGUUUUUAUAACUUUUUGUGGAUGAGGUCAAUUAAGUAUGAUGCACAAUAAACCCUGGCCUGUAAUUAUUCCCAGAUAGGCAUAUAAUUAUGCAGGGUAUAAUUGAAAUUGGAAUGUUACUUUCUUUAAUUAAGCAUUGUAAUGGUAUAAUUUCUAAAUCUAUUCGUGUCGCCCCAUAUUCUUCUCGGGCUGUACCUGGACGUCACUGUACCCCCUCUCCAUGUUACCACAAAUACAGUACCCUAAUAUCACAGUGACACCUGAUAAAAUUGCAAUCUUGUUUAUUUUAGAAGUACAGAGUCUACAGGCUAUCAUGAGGUGAUGCAUCAGGGUUCUAUUGUGCCUCUAUACAGCUUUCUUCGCAAGGUGUUUAGUCAAAUCUCACUCUAUUAAAUAAAUUUCUUCUCAAAAUGGAUAAUAAACCACACACACAUCUAGGUGAGUACACAGCCUAUGGUUUAUAGUGAAGAAAGGACUUCCAGUCAACCAAGGCUGUCUGUUUACCAUUUAAUGUUGUGUCGGUGUCAAGAAUUUGUUAAAUUUGUCUCAAUUUACUGAUUUUUUCUAAAUUUGUGAUUGUCGGUCGUCUACAUAAUUGUCCAGGGAAAGUUGGCCAUGUUGCGCAUCUUCAAAAUUGUUAUCAGAUGACCGCAUUUGCUGUACUUAAUGCACAAAUUUUUGUAAUUGUAUCGAGUAAAUAGAGUUUUUUUAGAAAUAA